AUGGAAGAAACAACAACAACAAUAGUGAUGUAUCCAGCACCAGGCAUAGGUCACAUAAUUUCAAUGGUAGAACUAGCCAAACUUCUCAUUCUCCAACAACAACAACAACACUUCUCCAUCACAAUCCUUCUCACCACUGGCUUCUUCGACAACCCAUCCAUUGAUUCUUAUAUAAACCGCAUCUCAACCUCUCACCCUUCCAUCACCUUCCACCGUUUCCCUUCCGUCACUGCACUCAUUCAAUCCAACUCACAAAGCUUAGCCGCAACCGGAUUCAAGUUCAUCAAAUCAAACAACGUCAAUGUCGAAUCUAAACUCUGUCAAACCUCUCAAGCCUCAGUUAUCAAAUGCUUUAUCAUUGACCUCUUUUGCUAUUCCGCAAUGGAAAUAGCUUCCACCAUGGGAAUCCCUGUUUAUUACUUCUUCACUUCUGGAGCAGCGGUUCUUGCUCUGUAUUCUUACUUCCCGAAGAUUCACAGUGAAACAAAGGUGUCGUUUAUUGAAAUGGUUGGAGUUGAAAUUAUGGCGCCGGGAAAUGCGUCUUUGAAUGCGGUGCUGAUGCCGGAAAUGGUGCUUGAUAGGGAAGAUCCUGCUUAUUGGGUGAUGUUGUGUAUGUGUGAGCAUAUUUCACUGGCCAAAGGAAUCUUGGUGAAUACAUUUCUUGAACUUGAAACUACAGCAGUAAAGGCCGUUGUAGAUGGUGCGUGUUUUCCAGAUCUCGGAAGAAGUCCUCCUCCCAUUUACUGUAUAGGACCAUUGAUUGCUGACCCUCAACAACCAGAUGAAGCAAGGGACAGCAAAGAUUGCUUGUCAUGGCUAGAUAAACAACCGAGUAGAACCGUAGUGUACUUGUGUUUUGGGAGCCGUGGAUCGUUUUCGAUGGCACAGUUGAAGGAAAUAGCUGAAGGGUUAGAGAGGAGUGGACACAGAUUCUUAUGGGUUGUGAAGAGGCCAAUACAAGAACACCUUGGAAUGAACCAAGUUCACGAUACAACAGGGGAGUUUGAGUUGAAUUCUGUUUUGUCAAGUGGGUUUAUAGAGAGAACCAAAGAGAGAGGCCUGGUGGUAAGGUCAUGGGCUCCACAAGUUGAGGUGCUGAGCCGCGAAUCAGUCGGAGGGUUUGUGAGUCACUGCGGCUGGAACUCGGUGCUGGAAGGAGUGGUUGCUGGAGUUCCAAUGAUUGCAUGGCCAUUGUAUGCAGAGCAGCAUGUUAAUAGGAAUGUGAUGGUGGAGGACAUGAAGGUGGCUGUCGCGGUGGAGCAAAGGGAAGGAGAUAUGUUUGUGAGUGGAGAAGAAGUGGAGAAGAGGGUGAGAGAGUUGAUGGAGUCUGAGAGAGGGAGAGAGAUAAGGGAGAGAAGUUUGAAGUUCAAAGACAUGGCUAGAGAUGCACUUGGAGAAUUUGGGUCAUCCACAAAAGCACUUUCCAACUUGGUUCAAACAUGGAAUGAUGAUAACUAA